AUGGAGGAGCAACGGGCGCUCGCGGCCGCCAAGGACGGGGACCUGGCCACCUUGGAGCAGCUGCUGGAGGCUGGCACCCUGGGCCCAGGCAUCAUCGACGCCCUGGGGGCUGGCCUGGUGCACCACGCAACCCGGGCCGGCCACCUAGCCUGUGUCAAAUUCCUAGUGCAGCGGGCCAAGCUGCCCGGUAACCAGCGGGCCCACAACGGGGCCACACCAGUGCACGACGCUGCUGCCACAGGCAGCCUGGCCGAGCUGUGCUGGCUGGUGCGCGAAGGGGGCUGUGGUCUGCAGGACCAAGAUGCCUCGGGCGUGUCCCCACUGCACCUGGCCGCUCGCUUUGCCCACCCCGUGGUGGUGGAGUGGCUUCUCCGAGAGGGUCACGCGGCCACGCUGGAGACGCUGGAGGGGGCCUUGCCGCUGCACCACGCCGCUGUCAGCGGGGACCUGACCUGCCUAAAGCUCCUGACCGCUGCCCACAGCAGCAGCGUGAACCGACGGACGCGCAGCGGCGCCUCGCCGCUCUACCUGGCCUGCCAGGAGGGCCACCUGCACCUGGCCCAGUUCCUGGUGAAGGACUGCGGCGCCGACGUGCACCUGCGAGCGCUGGACGGCAUGAGCGCGCUGCACGCGGCCGCAGCCCGCGGCCACUACUCGCUCGUCGUCUGGCUGGUCACUUUCACCGACAUCGGCCUGACAGCUCGUGAUAACGAGGGGGCCACAGCCCUCCACUUUGCAGCUCGAGGUGGCCACACACCCAUCCUGGACCGGCUGCUGCUGAUGGGCGCCCCCAUCAUGAGAGACUCCUGGGGUGGGACCCCCCUGCAUGAUGCAGCAGAGAACGGGCAGACGGAGUGCUGCCAGACCUUGGUCUCCCACCAUGUGGACCCCUCGCUGCGGGAUGAGGAUGGUUACACCGCGGCAGACCUGGCAGAGUACCAUGGACACCAGGACUGCGCCCAGUACCUGCGGGAGACGGCCCAGCGGGUGCCACUUCUGAUGACGCCUCCGCCCCCGCCGUUCCCUCCCCCUCCGCUGUCAGCUGCCCGGUGCGCCCUGGAGGAUGGAAGAGGGGGCUCAGGUCUCGGGAGCCCCACCUCAGCAUCUCCCAGCCCGACCCGGCCUGGCCGGCCUGACCAGCCUCUUCUGAGGGAGCAGAAGACCCACACGGCACCCCCGAGGGUCACCGCCAGCUCCAUGGUCGUCCCCACGGGGACAGAGACAGUGGCAGGGGAUGCCCAGGACAGACUGGUUGCGCUACAGUUGGACGGGUUGCCCUCAGGCGACCUCGAUGGGCUGGUGCCCACGCGGGACGAACGCGGCCGGCCCAUCCCGGAGUGGAAACGGCAGGUGAUGGUACGGAAGCUACAGGCCCGCCUGGGAGCAGACCCUGCGCCAGAGGCUCAGGACGACAGCGGGAACGCAGGCCCCACGGAGCAGGCCGCCUGGCGGUUCUCGCAGACGCACCAGGCCAUCCUGGGCCCCUUCGGGGAGCUGCUGACGGAGGACGACCUGGUGUACCUGGAGAAGCAGAUCGCAGACCUGCAGCUCAGGCGCCGCUGCCAGGAGUACGAGAGCCAGCUGGGCCGACUGGCGGCCGAGCUACAGGCCCUGCUGCCCACGCCCCUGGUCAGCAUCACUGUCAACAGCCACUUCCUGCCCCGGGCGCCCGGCCUGGAGGGCGAGGAGGCCCCCAGCCCGGAGCCCCCGCCCAAGGGCUCCGAGGAGGCAGCAGUGGCCGUGCCCGGUGGGCAGCCCCUGCCUGUUUGGUGCAACCAUGUGGCCCGGCUGGUGCGCAGCAUGUCCCUGCUGCUGAAGGGUGUGAACGGGCUGGUGCAGGCUGAGGAGGGGCCGGCAGCCGGGCCCCCCCAGGAGGCUGGUGCGGAGGCCCCGGCCAGCCCCCUGCAGAGUGAGGCCCAGCGUGAGAUCCAGGAGAGCGGGGUGUCUGUGCGGACGCUACGUGGCAACUUCGAGUCGGCCCCCGGCCUGCCCUGCGCCCCAAACCCGGGGCCCUGUGAGGCGGGGGCCCAGCCCGGGCAGUGCCCGAGAGGCUGCUGGCUGGCCGCCCCGCAGCCCCGCGGUGACCGGAUCGGCGGGGAGCCUGGGCCGGGUGACACAGAGGAGGCCAGUGACUCGGGCAUCAGCUGCGAGGAGGCGCCGUCAGAGGCGGGGGCCGGGCACGGCCCCGACCUGGCCAACCUACGCAAGGAGCGAAUCGUCAUGCUGUUCCUCAGCCACUGGAAGAAGUCGGCCUACACGCCCGCCCUCAAGACGGCCGCCUGCAGGACCCUGGAGGCCCGGCGCUCGGGGCCCAGAGGGCAGGAGGUGGCCAGGGGCCCGAGGCCGCCCUCCCCGCCCUCCUGCGAGGGCCCCCGGCUCGGCCACCUGUGGCAACAAAGGAACAUCAUCACCCACCUGCUUGGCCACUGGAAGGCCAUCAUGGCCCACGUGCCCUCCCGGCAGCUGCGGCGCCUGACCCGGAGUCCCCGCGGCCUCCUGUCCCCUGAGCAGUUCCUGCCCCACGUGGACGGGGCGCCUGUGCCCUACGGCAGCCUCACGCUGGACCUGUUCAUGCUGGGCUACUUCCAGCUCCUGGAGUGUGACCUGCCUGCCGAGGAGCGCAAGGUCCGCCAUCUGCUCUGCUUCGAGGUCUUCGAGCACCUGGGCACCCACGGCUGGGAGGCCGCACGGGCCUUCCACAAGGCCGUGACUGACGAGGUGGCCGCCGGCCGCCGGGCCUGGAACGAUGGCUUCGAGGACAUCAAAGCCCGCUUCUUCUGCUCCGGCCGCGGUCCCACCUGGGACACCGAGCCAGGUCGCAAGUCAGGCCUGACCCCGCUCGGGCCCCUGCCCCACGCCAGCGCCCCCAGUGGUGGCCCCGAGCCUGCAGUUCAGCCUCAGGAGCUGGGGCCUGGCUCCCAGUGGGGCAGCUUCAACGGCGAGGACAUCUGCGGCUACAUAGACCGGAGCUUCGCCUUCUGGAAGGAGAAAGAGGCCGAGAUGUUCAGCUUUGGAGACUGAGAUGGGCUGGCAGCCUGCCUUCCGGAAGCGGUUGGGAGUGGUUAGACUUUCUCUUCUCUUUUCCUUUCCACCCACCUGGUGGCCAGGUGAGCCCGGAGGCCAGGCUGGCAGACACUCCCUGUGCCAGCUGCGUCCUCCAGCUCUGCCCCUGACAGUUUCCUCCUCGGCAGUAUCCUUGUCGCCACCAAACCCAAGGAGCCCUCUCAGCCUCUCAUUCAGCCCUGACGGUGACCACUUGCCGUCCCAGCCCAGGUCCCCCUGCCUGGUUGUCCCCUGGGCACCUGGGAUGCCAGCCCGUGUUUCCCGUGGGCCCUCCUUCCAGAGCCUAGGUGUGCUGUCCCUCAGUUUCUCCGGUGCUGGUGGUCCCGGCCUGUCCAGAGCCUCCACUUGCCCCGCAUUGGUCCUGCCUCGGUUUCUUUUGGUGACCUUGGGCCAUGCCCUUCACCUCUCCAGACCUCCCCCCAUCUGUGAGAUGGGAGAGGAGCUGGGAGAGAAUGGGGUCCAACGGGCAAAAGGCCUCCUGUCAGACUGGACCACCCUCCCGACUCCUCCGGCUGGGGAGAUGGUCCACGCGGACGGGCGCGCCGGUCACACACAGGCUGUGACCCACUGACAGACAUGUGCUCUGCUGUCAUGCCAUGAUAGUGCCACCCAAGGUGUUCCAGGGGAUCUGGUCCCCAAAGAGAAGGCUUCCUGUGGGGCUCCCGUCAGUUGAGCAGCCCCUCCCAGGCCACACAGCAGAGGCAGCUGCAGGGCCCCACCUGCAGGCUUAGGACAUCAGGGACGUCUGUGAGAGAGGCCAUGGCUGAAAGGGGACUCAGCAGAGGGGGCCACCGCCCUGCCCUCAAAAGUGAGCUGCCGGACCCAGAGGAGAGCUUGUAGCUGGGAUGGGGGUACACGAAGCCAGACCACGAUGAGGUGCAGCCACGCCCUGUGAUCACCCGAAUGUCACCCAAGUCCCUCUCCACGAGGGACUGAGGAAUGGAGAUGGACGCUCCCUUAAAGAGCCGCCAUUGCUGCAGAGUAUCUCAUGAACAGUUCCUGGGGACAGAGUCCCAAAUGGCUGGCCACAGCAUCUGCCUUGUCCCAGCCGCCGUAGCAGCCACGACGAUGGGACUCACCCAGGCUGUGGGGCCGAGAAGGGUUGGCCCAGAGUCCAGGGGACUGUGGGGGAAGGUCCUACAGCUGUGUGACGGCCCCAGCAGGGAGCAUUUGGGGAGGAGGCCUCAGGAAUCUCUGGCCACCACCUCCCUGCAGCCAGACCUCUUGGGACAGGAGUGUCCCCACCCGCCUGCAGAGCUCGGAAGCUGGCAGGCGAGUCGUUGGAUGGAAGCUAGAACUCUCCCAGCCAGACGCCUGGGGUCCCACAGGGAGGAACACUCGAGGAGAUAUAAAGCUGGGGGUGUCAGCGGGCGGGGACAGCCAGCGCUGGGAAGGGAGGACAGGAGUUUGCUAAAUAAAGACUCCCAUUCCUGGCUGCCUUCACGCUUGUGCCUGUUGUCCCCAGGAAGAGCCACCUGUGCCCAGAGAGGGUCCCAGCACGGGGUGGACACCAAGACCCAAGUCCAACUCCACUGAGACCAGAGCCCCACGGAGCCUCCACUUCAUCUGUAAAUUGGGGUGUCAUGCUGGCCUGCCCAUGCCCAGGGUCACAGUGAGGGUGGACUGAGGUCCCAUGUGGGAGGGGUCUGUGUCCUGGGACGACAGUGACACUCGCCCGCCUGCGAUCUGUAUUGAAGGAGCAGGUUCCAGUAAGUAAGGCGCCGACCUGGGCUCCCACAAGCAUCUCAACACUGUCGGGGAGGCCCCAGCUCUUGGCCUCAAAGCAUGAUGGAU